GCUAGCGUCUGUUAAGACACUAGCAAGCCGUGCCUCGACAAAAUAUAUUGCGCAAUUGCCUCCGCGGCGCGAUAGCGGUACGCCAUCGCCGCGGGGCAGCACUGCCGACGCGCGCGGCAGCGAUGCGUGUAAGGGCAGCACUCCUGCUCUGCGCCGCGGCCUGCCAUGGUGCAUUUAUUAGAACAGGGAAGUGGCAAAAACCAAAGAGCGCACCCGUCGACUACGACCGCGCCAGUCCGUACGGGUCGUGGCGCAACGAAAGUUAUGAUUGGGAAGCAGCGAAACGACGUGUCCUCGACCACGCGAUGCGGGAUGUGGCACGCUAUUCUAUAGACGAGUCCCAUAAGAGCACGAAGCUCGCGUUACGAAGCGCCCUCCUGGACAAGACGCACGCGAUUUGGAUCUUGCAAGGUAGAUUAUUUGUCCACAAGGCUUAUUUGGGCGAGAUGAAGCGCGAGCUGCAUCUGCGAUUCAUGAAUUCCGUUCUAAGAAAGAAGAGCGACCUGAUAAAGAACGUCGUAUAUACGUUCGAUGAGGGCGCGAGUGGCCCCAGUCACGAAUGCGACCCGCACCUGCCGAAGCUCGUGAUAGCCAAGAAGAACGGCGAAAAGCAGUGCGGCGUUCUGGUGCCGAAUCCGUACUUCGGGGAUUUAUAUAGGAACUGGGAGCGGGAGCGGAGUGCCUUGGUGGCGCUUGGUCGACGACGGAAGUGGGAGAACAGGAGGCCGCAGUUGUUUUGGCGGGGUAAGAUUCGAGGUCGGGAGGCCGUGAUUAACAAAGAGAGAGAUUGUAGUAGAGAAGCCGGCAACUACGCGCGGUUGCAGGCGGCUUCAUUAACCGCGCACGACGCGAAGAAAUUUGACGUGCGCACGAAUACGUGUCGGCCGCGGCCGAUCCGGUCUUUAUCUCAAGACUUGUGUCGGAAGGUCUUACCGCAGAACGACGACUUAGCUAAAAUACGAGAUUCGGGUUGCAGGGCGGUCCAGGGCCGGUUCAUGAAUCACGGCAAGUUCAACACGUUCCAGUAUUUAUUGGAUUUGCCCGGAAGUACGACGGGAAGCUACUCUAGGAACUUAAACCACCUCUGGCUGCUGGGGGCCGUCGUCGUCUUCUGGGCCGGUCCUCUCCUCGAACCGGGCGGCGCGCUGCAGUGGUACUCGGCCGGGUUAAGGGACGGGAGGACGCACGUCACGGUCAACGUGUCGACGGCCAAGGCGACGCUCGACGCCAUCACCGACCAUGUAGAGUGGCGCAAUGAAUUGUUAGAGAACUCGCGCGGCGUGGCAGACAAUCUAUUAUGUGGCGAGUGCAUGGGCAGCUACGUGGCGACCGUCCUCACGUCACUGAGGCAGCGCCUGCCCCUUCUGGAUUCCGCGUUGAACCAGCGGACGCACCAUACCGCGAACGCGACGCUCGCCGAAUUGUUAUCAAGAGAGAACUGCGCGCGGCACUUCGCGGCCGGGUUGGUCGAGGUCGUGCGCGGGACGCCCCGGAACCGGCGCGAGCCGGGCUGGUCGAUCACGUGGCGGACCGCCGCGACGGGCGCCGCGGCCUGCGAUUUGUUGGGAGCGCUGCCGGCGCCGUUCCGCGACCCGAAGAUGAGCGCCGCGGGCCGGCGCGGCGGCGCGCGCGUCCGGGAGCGCGUGCCCCUUGCUUCUUCGGUUUGAGUAUUGUUUGUGGUUUUUACAUUUUUACAUCGACUCUCUAACAAAC